AGGGGGGGGGCAAGUGCCCCACCUUGCCACUACGUGCGGGCGCCCAUGGUUCUAUUCGUGUUGUGCAGUGUAUGAGUGUCAGAUGAUUGAUGUAAAACAAUAAAUAAAGGUAAGGACUAUAUUUCUUUUCUUGUGUUCAGCAAAAACAGUGCGUUCCUAAAUAGAUUUGACAUGCUUUAAAAAUAAAAUCUGAUGUCAAUUGGUCUGUUGUUUUUUUUUUAAAUAUGCAAAAUAUGGAAUACACCUGGAAGCAAUUGGAAAGGAAAGCACAUUACCGUGAUAAGUGGAGAAUUGUUGAAGACGGUCUAUGUUCCAGAAGGUGUAAAAAGGCAUAGUUAAGUAUUUAUUUAAACGUCUUUAGAACAAGUUACCCAAAUCGAUUGUGACUGUAACUAAAAACCUCUACAGUAAGUUGCCAGAUUUAACUGCAUUGUACUUCAGGGAUACAAAUAUGUUUUCAAGUGUAUUGACGUAUACUUCUUUUGCAAAGACACUAAUUAUCUUUUACAUAAUGCAUAUCUACGCUUAUAAUUUUUACACAUUCUAUACUAUGCAACUCAAAUUAUACCUAUGCUAACUGUAAGUGCUGUAAAAAUUUGCACUCCGACAAGGGAUAAAGACAGUUAACAAAUUGGUUCUAAACUCUACAUAUCCCUACCCUUCAACCCCCCCCCCCCCCCCUUUCUCCCCCCCCAUUUUCCACACGCGAAAAAAAGAAGAAAAAAAAAAACCAUAUGAGUACAGAAUUUAACAAACAGCUUCUGAUCGACUUUGUAAAUAAAAUUCAUUUUUUUUGUUUAAAUUGUUUUAAAAAAUCAUUUCACUGUUGUAGUAUGGGCUUUGAUAGUGAUUAAAAAAAUAGUAUCUUUUUUUUUAAAUUUAAAAAAUGAAGAAAAAAACCACCUUCCGAUUCGAUUGUAGUUGGUCUAAAAAUAAAUUGUAUUUAUUAUAUCUUACACUAUUUAAUUUACAUCCCCGUUCUCUAGCAAUUACACUAAUCCAUUAAAACUGAUGGGAGAGUUGAUAAUUUUGUCAUUUAAAUAAGAGAGCUCUUGAGCAUAGUCUACUUAUUUGACCUAAAUCAAACUUUAUGGUUAGUAUAGGUCUAAAGUCUAAUGGGUUUUAAAUGUUGUUAAAACUUUUUUAAGUGAAUUACUCAUUAAAUUUUAAUCAUCAUUGUCGUUCCACUAGAAAUUACGGAAAUAUGUCGUUACGAAAAAUAAUUAUUUGAAGGAACGUUACAUUUCGGUUAACUUGAAUGUGUACAUUUAGGCCAACACAAGAUCAAUAAACUAAAUUAAAUUAUUGUAGAAAUGCAGUUCUCUAUUCUCUCUUAUAACUUUACAUAUUAUAUAUUCAAGUUGUGAAAAAUGUUUUAGUAAUAUGUAUGGUUAAAUGUGCAUGUUAUUGAAUUGUGAUUUUAAAAGAUAAGAUGUUUUGAAAACGUCUUCAAAAUUGUGUGGUAUAUGAUUUUAUGAUGUAAGAAUGUAGAAGAAGAGAGCACUUACUGGUCUGUAGUGCCAUGAAAUAAUAAAUGCUUAAAGUAGUAUUACCUAUAGAAUCGAAAAUAGUUUGUUUUUAAUGUUAUCUAAAACAACGCAAUUAUUCUUUGUAUCAGUUGUAAUUUGAAAGAUGGCAAACAAAUUAAAUUUAAUCCUGGGCGUUGAUAAAACUAUAUUAAAUCAUUUUUAUUGUCUUAAAUAUAUAUAUAUAUAUAUAUAUGAUAGUUGUUAUUAGAUUACAUAGGCCUACCAACUUAAAAUAAAAUAUACAUCUAAGAGACUUUGUUAAUACGAAGUUUAGUGAGUAUAUUUUUACUAAGUUGAUUAACAAUAUAAACGUCUAAAAUAAAAUUAAUACACAUUCCUUUAUAUAUAGGCCUAAUUAAAGUUAUUCAAUUUAUGAUAUUGAAAAAAAAAACACUUUAGAAAAAAUAAAAAUUGAGGCUUUACGAUGUCGAAAUACGGAAAUAGUGAUAUAAAAUAUUAUAUUAUUAUGAACUCAUAUAGAUGGAACUGCCACGCUCCUUUAAACUUGUUUCUACAAUACUAUCUUUAGUAGUAUUGUUGAUGACGAAGUUUCACAAUUAUGGUAAGUGAUUACAGCAUAGUCUACAUAUUGAUUGUAUACAAAAAUUUAAAUUUAAUUUUGUUCAAUGAAAGGAUUGGAAUUUAUUAUGUUUGAUGAAUAAUUUGAUAAAUGACAAACUUUUUAUAUUUUUGUUAAAUUGAAAUAUUUUAUUUAUUAUAUAGAAAAACAAGUAUUACAAUAUUAAUAAUUAAGUAAAUAUUUAUAAAUUACGAUGUUGGAUUGAAGAAGCUUUUCCCAAUUCUGGGUAACGAGUGCAUUAUUCAUAAACGAAUCUUUUUGCUGCAUAAUGUGUUUAUUUUCUGCAUUUUUAAUUUUUUUUUAAUUUUUCAGAACUCAAAAAAGAAUACUUCCUAUUUCGUAUUUAACUAUUUAACAAUUAUAUUCUUUUUUUUCCCCCCUUAAAUUGCCGUAAUGCUUUCGCAUAAAAAUAGACUAUAAUCCAACAGUGAACUAAACUGUACUAAUUUUUUGACAGUUCACACGAAGAAAAAAUGUGUGCUUUUGCUGUCAAUAAUGAGUGCGAUGCUCAUUUUAAAAAAAACAACUAAAAACUAAAAUACGAUUAUCUUUAUCAGAAGCAAAGGAUUGAAAAGCACUUGAAAUUGGUAACAAUGAAAACCUCUUUUAUUAUCAUUAAUUAUUACAGGAUCACUCAUGUUCAGUCCAUGUUGGUGUUUGUUACAUUUAUUAUGUGUUAAAACAUGAACAACGAAAAAAGAUAAUUUUUAAUAAACAACAUAGCCCGUGAAACCAUCAUUUUUAAAAAUUCUUAUUUAAGUAAGUCAAGCUUUAUAUAUAUACACUUACAUAUAUCAUAUCAUAUAAUAUAUAUAUAUAUAUAUACAAUCGAAUAUUGUUAUUUAACAGAAGCCUUGGGUUCAUCUGCAACAUGUCGUCCUGCAGAAGAAGGCAAAGAUUAUACAUUUACCUUUAAUCUAAUGAUUCCUGCGGGAGAGAUAAUUACGCAUAUUGUUAUAGAGAAAGAUGAAACUCCAAUGACAAAUUGUUUAUUACCAAACAAUUGCACAGACUACAUCCGCGACUAUAGAACAACAUUAUUUGUAAAUGAGACAAGCCAAGUAAUUAGUAUUACAGUUACGAUGUACAACGUCACUAGAAAAAGAACAUACAAGAAUGGAAUUAAUUGGUUUAUUGUUUACAACUUCAACGUCUCGAAAUUCAUCUGCAAAAUUUUAAUUUUCGGUAAGUGGUUUGUCAAUAUCAGCCUUACGAAAACAUUCAUUUUCUCCUAGAUUUACACACACACAAAAAUAUUUUUAAUAAACCGUGAAGAAACAAUUAAUAAUUAACGUAUAAUAAUAAAUUUACCUAAAAGAAAGAGAAGUUAGUUUCAAUUUCUGUUUUUAUAAAAAAUAAUUCAUAGCCAUAUACUUCAUAUAGGUUUAGUUUAGUUAUGAUUCAUUUAAUUUUUGGUACCUAAUUUUUAUGUAGAAAUACGUCUACGUACUACUUAAAACAAAAAAAAUAAAAAAUUAAAUAAAUAAUAAUAUAAUAUAAUAAAUUUCUGCUUGUUGAACUUGUAUUUUUAUCAAAUAUUUUCUUUUAUAGCAAGAAUUAAAUCAAUUUCUUGCAACACUCAAAUGUUGGAUGACACUCUGAAUAUAAUAUGCAUUGCAUCAAAUAUCUACCAUGAGACACAGUGUGACAUUUCCGUUAAGCAUACAGAAGUAAGUCUUAGUCAUCAUCAUAUUGUAUGGAGGUAGGUAGGCCUAUUAAAUUGUAUUUUAAAUAGUUAAAGAGCAGAGGGAUUUAUUUUUAUAUUUUGAGGAGUCACAUUUCUCUGAUGCUUCGUCUUGUGCCAACGCACGUUUCUUUCUCCACAAUACUGACAAUAACUUUUGGCUAACAUUUUAAUUUUUUUGGGUGCCGGUAAGUUAGAACUGCCAUGUUAGUAUGUUAGUUAGGCAAAAAGUAAUUCAGAUGACUCUUUUUUUUUGUGGGUUCGUGUGUGCAAACUUUGUAUGAGUUUAACUAGCAAACAUAAUAGUAUACAAGAGUGCCUUUUGCAUGCUACUUAUACAUGGUUUUAUGGAACCUUUGUUUUUCCAUUAAAACUUAACUGACAAAAUAUUUAAAAUUAAUGACAGUUUUUUUUUAAAGUAUAGGCAUAGGAUUCUGCUGCGGCUUUUUGGACCUGGUAUGAAGAGUUGGAGGUUGGGUUUAUUAAAAAAACAAACUAUUAUUGUUGGGUUGUAAGAUAAAAAGUUGGUAUCAAAUGAAAGAUAAUUGAAUGGACUAUAUGCAGGGGUGGACUGGGCCGCCCGGACACCGGGAAGAUUCCCAAUGGACCGCUAGGAGCGGUGAUAUAAUAAAAAUAAAAGUCAUGAAGAUAGGGCCGCUUUUUGUUUUUUUCCCGGGCCGCUUGAACUCCCCAGUCCACCCCUGACUAUAUGUUUGUUAACUCACUUCUUCAGUCUAACUAAAAUAAACUACUGCAAACGACAUUCGAAUAGCAUUUAGUCUUAAGUACUCUUAAGGGACUCGGGGUCUGGAUAGUCACUGAUAGUGGUUAUGCAUAACCGUUUCACUUUAGUUUAGACUAAAUGCUAUUCGAAUGUGAUUUUUGUUACUUCUCACUUCUGAUAGGCGGGUCCGAAUAGCCACUUUGAUAGGGUUUACUGAUGAAAGAAGUGGUUGGUUGCUAAACAGUCAAAAGAGUCAUUCAUUUAUAAAAAGUAUAAAUAAUUAUAUAUAAAUGUUAUAACAAAGAUAAGACCAGUAAAAAUUAUUCCAACCAAAGUUAGAUAAGACUUUAAAAAAUGUUGGUGAAAAUAUUUUUGAAGAAUUAGAAGUUUUAUUAAAAUCUAGUACUUGAAAGCAAAGAAACUGUUACAUAGUAUUAUAAUUAUAUAAGCACUUCACUUUUUUUGUAUUUCAUCUAUUUAUUCCUUGUGAAUUUAUUUGAUCAUACAGACAGGAAAUAGGAGAGUCUAUUUCUUGUAAUGAAAUUUCUCAAAAGAUAUGACUUUAUUUUACAUUUUUAGGGAGAUCAAAAAGAAUUCAAGAAAUAUGAGUAUGAGUAUUUUUUAACAACAAAGAACAAGUUUAAAAAAAAGUUAUGUUAUUUCAUUUUAAAAAAAAUAAAAAAUUCAGUCUAUGUUAUAAUGGUAUAAGAAUCCUUACACUCUAUAAAUAAAAGUCCAUCAAAGCAACUUUAUUUGAAAUGGGAGAACAAUUUGACAGAAAGAAACAUCUUCCCACGUUAAAAUAGAAGAACAUAUUGUACAGUCUCACUAACCUAUGCCAACUCACUACAAACUUUAACUUUUACUGCCGUAAAAAAAUGUUAGUUUUAAAAAAUUAACUAAUGUUCUGUAAACAUAACCUGUAUGUUGAAAUGGCAUAAAGAGAGUUUUCAACAUUUUCCUUGGUAAUUUAUAUUCUUUGAUAAUUACACAGUUCUGCAACCUGCCCCUAUCUUCUAACAAUGGCUUCAUAUAAGUAGAAAAAUAAAAAAUCAUAAGUCAGUUUGAAUUUAAUGUAAAAUUAUAAUUGGUACACAAGCCUAUUUAUUUAUUUAUGAAUUUUUAUUAAAUAUGAUAAAAAUUAGGAGGAUUAUCCCCCCCCCCCCCCCCAACCCCCCUCCCCUUUUUUUUUUUUUUUUUUAUUUUUUUAAAUAAAAACGAUGAUAUUACUUAGCUGCUUAAAACAAAUUAAAAAUUCAAUAUACUGAAGACAUUCCUUUAUUUAGAAUUCAAUUUAAUUAUAAAAUUGGGUAUUUAAUUAAGCUAAACUUGCAUUAAUAAUAUUUUUAAUAUUUUUUUUUAAGAAAAAGAAAAAUAUGAUUUCAAUCCAAUCAAUCAACAAUAACCGUGAGAUGUCAUCAAGUGAAAAAACUGUAUUUAAAACAGUUUGUUCAGUCUUUAUUUCAAGAGAGGAUCUAAGUCCAGGACAAUAUGAAGCAGUGGUGACCAUGUAUCCCAAUAUUACUGGAACUAAUGAUGAUAAGCAAUUUUCAACAGUACAUUCACUGUCAGUUAAUUUAGGUAAACUUCUCAUGAAGCUGCUAUAUAUUUGAGGAUAGUGUAUGAGGGACUGUGUUCAAGUCAUGUGAAAUAACUAGUGGAACAAUAUAUGUUAAGGCUUAAAUUAAAACACAGGACAAAUAAAAAAAAGAACUAGUUUAGAAUUAAACUACCAGGAUAAUUAUUUCAUUGAGAUUUCCGUGCACAUAAGUUUUUGAAUUUGUUAAUAACAUUAUCUGUUGCUUCUUGUUUCGUAUUGGCUACUUUAGUGAGUUUCCAACAGACAAAUCCCUGUAAAUUGCCCUGUUUAUUUUAUUGCAAGCCUUUAUCUUGUUCAACUUACUAUUAAUUUAACCUUGAAUCUAUACAUUUACUUUUCAAUAAAUAUAUUGUUUCAUUGAAAUUUUUUUUCUAAAUAACUUUAAAUUUGAGUAUUGUGUAAAACAUAUUUCCUUUUAGAAUAUCCAAGCAUUACAGUUAAAAACUGCCCUGAGAUAAUUGAAGAAAAUACAGAAGUCACCUGCACCUGUGAGAGAACUGAUAAGAGUCUCAUUAAUGUUUCAAUAGUUUGGUUUGAUAGUAGUGGUCACAUAAUAGCCAGCAAUGGAUCUCCACAUUUAAAGUUCAAAGCAACCAGUAAUAUUAAUAGGGACCAAGCAUGUAAGUACAUUAAACAUUUCAAUUACCAGAAAAGUAUGUAGGCUUAAUAAAAUAUUACUAAAUAAAUAUUUAUUUUUAAUAAACAACAAUAAAUAUCUUAUACUAUAUCUUAAUUAGCUAAAAUUAAAUUUUGGAAAAUAUUUAAUUCUAUUGCAGGUGAAAUCAACCUGUUCCUGCUAAUGGAUUGCAAAACAUUAUGAAAUAGUGUUCAAUUUAGUUCUGAGCCCUACUACAUUAAUUAACUGAUAAACCUUUGGUACAUGUAUUUUAAUUGUGUUCAUUUAAACCUCAUCAGACUUUUACUGCAAGACACAAAGUUGGGUCAGAUGGGAACAUUCCAACAUAACAAUAGUCUACAAACCAAUAAUAAUAGGUACUUCUUAAAUACCAAUAACAUAACUAAAAAACAAUUUAAGGCCUAAAUUUUUAUUUUAUUUUUUUUUAAAAUUUAUUUCAAUCAUGAGUCCAAUGGCAAUAUUUUUUAUUUAUUAUUUGUAAUUAGUUACAAAAUAAAGUUAAAGAAAAUAUAAACAUAUUUCCUUUUCUAUUUUGUCUCUUAAAUAAGCUACAUGCAACAUUUAUAAACGUAAUGAAUAUAGUGGAAACAUUUUUUAAUAUGAUAAGCACUUUUUAAAAUUCUUUUUGAUACAAUUAAAGGUUAGUUUAUUCUUGUCACAUUUUUAAAAUCCUUUUUUAUGAUAAAUAGGCCUAUAAUGUUUGUUUUGGGUUAAGUCAACUGUCUUUUUCAUUUUACAUGUGAGCUUUUCAUUUAUUCUUGUUAUUGUCCCUUUAAUUCAUAUUUGUAUAUAUAUGUAUAUUUUUAUAUAUAUGUGUUUUAAAUAUAAAAUAUGAAUAUAUAAUUUACAAUUCAAACUUAUAUAUUAACUGAUAGUUACGUAAAGAAUAAAAAAUUACAAGGAAAGCUUACCAUAUUGCACAGAAGAGUACAAUUGAAUGCUAAAAUUAUUUUAUACUGGUUUAAAAUACUAGUAGAUGGCUUUGCUUUUUUCUAUAUGUGAAAUUUGGUACAAAUCUCUUCACGGCAUGAGUUAUUUAUAAAAGAAUUUUUUUUUUUUGUUAAACCCACUACAAUGUUGAUCUUGCAGUAACAGUAAAGAACCAUACCUGCAAACAUGAAAAUUUACCACAUGAAGUAACUGUGACUUGUGAAACAGAUCUAAUUUAUCCUGCUGCAAAGUGUCACUAUACAAUUUAUUACAAUCAUGUAAGUAUUUUUCAAAGCUAAUGACAUAUCUUUAUACAAUUAUAAUUGAUAAAAACAAAAAUUAAUAAAAAAUUAAGAUUUAUUUGAAUGUAAAAUAUCAUCAUCAUCAUGUCCCUUAGUACUUGCACCGUUGGGACGCCUGAGAUGGCAUGUAAACUAUCCUCCUCCAAUGGUCUCUGUCUUCUGCAGGUUGCACAACAUCGCCUAGUUUUAGUCCUGUGCACUCUUUAAUGUUAUUUUCCUACCUUUUUCUCUUUCCUCUUAUAUGUAAGAUAUAUAUAAUUAUUAAUUAUGCUUUUUUAAGUUAUAUGUAUAUUAUGGGUUGCUUCAAUGUACACAUUGUAAAAUGGACUUUUUAUUUUAAAUUUUCUAACUACGAUGAAAUCAAUGAAGGAUAUAUAUUAGCAACACACAUUGCUUAUCAAGGGCAUGUACAAUUUGAUGACAAUGAUGAAUACAGAAGAAUUGGUGAUAAUAUUAAAAAAACAAUUCAUGAAAUUGAAAUACUUGAAAAGAAUGAUGUCUUUGAACUUAUUGAUGAUGAAAUUGUUGCACAUGAAGUUAAUGUUGAAAUAAUACGCACUGAUCAACUUUUUGUAUGUUUACAUACUAUGUAUAUUGUAAAUGUAGAAAGUACACAUACUUUUCUUAACCAAAAUGAUUUAAAUAUUUAAUGAAAAACAUCGUGAAAAAUUUUAAUAAACAAAUAUUUCAGUUAUAAAAUGUUGUAUCCCUAUAAAAUAAAAUUUUCAUUAUUCUUAAUUUUAUGCAUGUACAGUGAGAGAUUUUGUUUAAAAAGUAAAACCAUCAAUAUAAUUCCAAUGUAUCAAUACAUUGUAAUCUUUACUCAUUAAUUUUAUAUCUAAAAUUGUCCAAAGAUAAAUGUCAUUAAAAACUACUUUUUGCAAUUUUAAUUAAUGUUAAAGUAUUGAUAAACUGUAUAGUUUUUUGUAUGCCCUUAACAAGAAAACAUUACCCGUGUGUUAUUCAACAAGUUAUUAAAUUUUGUUGAUAAUAAUUUUGGAAAAAGUUUUAAAUUUUGUUUAUUUUUUUAAAAAUUAUAUUGGUUUCUUUAAGAAAAUUGUGCACAUAUUU